AAAGUAGAUUAUAUGAAGGUUGAUGGUGGAAUGUAGCGGUUGAAGCCUAAAGUUUUUUUAUUUUGGUUUUGUUUUCAUUGAAUAGUGUUUCUCAUUUCAUGAGAACUUAGUUUUUGUUUUAUGAUUUCAUUUAUCUGGUUUUCUUUCUAUCAUUAACUAUAUUUAUCUUUCGCUUGAUUUUGAAUGAUCACGUUUGAUGUUUUUUUUUUUGAAUCGAUUUUACUUAUGUUUUGGCUAUUAAAAUAUGUACAAAUCAUAUAUUUUAAAUCCAAAGAACCGAUUUUAUUUAUGUUUUAGUUACAAAAUAGGUACAAAUCAUGUAUUUUUAAACCGGAGAACCGAUUGAGAUCCGAACCCGAAAGUACAAUGGGUUAUACCGGUUCUUUGAAGAUUUACUAACCCCGAUCCGAACCCGAUAUAAACCGAACCGGUCCCGAACCGAACUUUUAUAUAACCCGAAUGGGGUUAAUUUUGUUAAACCCGAAAAACCGAAACCCGAAUGGAUAAAACCGAAACCCGAUUGGAACCCCGAAUGCCCACGCCUAAUUUAUUGAAUAAUUUCGCUGUAUUAAGUCUACCAAAAACUUCUGGGAAGACAUUUUGAACAACAACAAAACUUUUCUAGCAACCAGUUUUUUUUUUUUUAAAUAUCAUUAUCAUAUUUGUUAUGAGUGUUUUCUGCAAAGACCUUGACUUGUCUUACCAUAACAUUCAAAGUAAACGAUAGCGAUCACUCAUUUACGUAUGUCUCAUGACUUUCAAGUCAUUUCAUAAACAGAGACUUUGACCUUUUCUACCCUUUCUUGUUGAAUUCUUAUAACCGUAGAGGUGUUUGCAUUGAACCAACAUUGAAGUUCAUUUUCAUUUGCUUUUAAAAAAAAAAAAUCUUAUUUGCAAUGGAAGAAAAGCUUUUCUUAAAACAAUACUUGAUAUGGGUGAUGAUACUAUUGUUGGGGCAGCUGCAUGGAUACAAAAGCUGUAUUUUGAAAGAAAGGAACGCUUUGUUGGACCUCAAAAUAUUCUUGAUCUCAACUACUGAAGAAGGGCAAUCCGAACCUGUUCUCCCUUCUUGGACCAAUGACACCACGAGCGACUGCUGUCAAUGGGAGCGUGUUAAGUGCAAUUCUACAAGCGGACGGGUACUCAAGCUUUCCACUCGUGGACUGAACCUCAAAGAGAGUUCUCUCCUAAAUCUUUCUUUGCUGCAUCCCUUUGAAGAAGUCCAAAUUCUAGACUUAUCAGAGUCCAAAUUUGGCGGUUUCUUUGAUGGUGUGGAAGGUUAUAAAAGCCUCAGUAGAUUAAGAAACCUGGAGAUUCUGGAUCUCUCGUCAAAUAAAUUCAACAGCAGCGUCUUUCAUUUUCUUAAUGCUGCUACAUCACUUACAACUCUGCUUCUUCAGGGAAACAACAUGAAUAGUUUUUAUUCAAAAAAAAAAAAAAAAAAAAACAACAUGAAUAGUCCUUUUCCUGCUAAAGAGCUUUCUGCCAUGGUGAAGCUGAAAUUUUUGGAUUUAAGUGGUAAUGGAUUUUCUGGCUCAAUGGAAUUGCAAGGGAUUUGCAAACUGAAGAAUCUACAAGAGCUCGAUAUCAGUCAAAACAAUCUUGUAGGUGAAUUUCCCUUAUGUUUAACGGGCUUGACUGGACUUCGAGUUAUUGAUCUCUCCUCGAACCAAAUGAGUGGGAAGCUACCAUCUUCUCUCGCUAACCUUGAAUCCCUUGAGUACUUCUCAUUGUUCGAUAACAAUUUUGAAGGCUUCUUCUCGCUCGAUUCCCUUGCCAAUCUCUCAAUGCUUAAGGUGUUUGGAGUUAAUUCAAGAUCCAACUCAUUCCAAGUGGUUUCAGAAGGUUCUUGGACGCCGAAAUUUCAGUUAAAUGCUAUUGCAUUACGAUCUUGCAACUUGGUGAAGGUUCCUCAUUUUCUCCUACACCAAAAGGAUUUGCGCCAGGUUGAUCUCUCCGACAACAACAUAUCUGGACAGUUUCCAUCCUGGCUGUUGGCAAACAAUACAAAACUCGACGUGUUGCUUCUGCGGAGUAACUAUUUGACAAGCUUUCAGCUGCCAAGAUCAGCACAUAAUCUGCUGUUCCUGGAUCUGUCUGUUAAUAAAUUCAACCAUCUAUUACCUGAGAAUAUUGGGUGGAUACUUCCUCAUCUACUGUCUCUAAAUAUCUCAGAUAACGGUUUUCAAGGAAGCAUGCCAUCUUCUCUAGGUAACAUGAAGAGUAUUAAUAAUCUUGAUAUAUCUCACAACAGUUUUGGCGGGAAGCUACCAAGAAGUUUCGUAGAGGGUUGUUAUUCCUUGUCAGUCUUGAAGCUUUCACAUAACAAACUAAGUGGAGAGGUGUUCCCAGAAUCAACAAACUUCACUCGUGUAUCUCAGCUGUCCAUGGAUAACAAUCACUUCAAUGGAACAAUAGGGCAAGGUUUGAGGAGAUUGAGAUCUUUGUAUAUGCUAGAUGUUUCGUACAACAACCUCACAGGUGGUAUUCCAAGCUGGAUUGGAGAAAACCAGUUCCUAGGCGCAUUACAGCUCUCAAACAAUGUGUUGGAAGGUGAAAUACCUCCUUCCUUGCUCAACAUUUUCAGCCUUCGGCUGUUGGAUCUCUCUGGAAACGGUUUAUCUGGAGGCUUACCUCAAGAAGUCAGUUUCAGAACUCCGGUGGUGUUAUACCUGCAAGACAACAACUUAUCAGGGCAUAUACCAGACACAUUGCUAGCGAAUGUCCUCAUACUUGAUCUCAGAAACAACAGAUUGUCUGGGAAUAUUCCAGACUUCAUCAACACGCAAACCACCAACAUCCUUCUUCUUCGGGGGAAUAAUUUAACAGGUUGUAUUCCUCGCCAGCUGUGUGGUCUAAGCAACAUCCAUCUUCUGGAUCUAGCUAACAAUAGAUUAAAUGGGUCUAUACCUUCAUGUCUUAGCAACACAUCACUUGGUCUAGGGAAAGAGGAUGCACCAUACGGCUAUAGUUUCGGCGUUGCUGUCGUUGCUCCUGGUGACUCCACUUCCACAGAUUCUUUUAGCUAUUUGAGUUUGAAAAUGUCAGUGUAUAUUUCAGAUCCUUUUAGAAUGGCCUACCUGUCAGACACUCAAUAUGAUAUUGAAUUUGCAACAAAACAUCGGUAUGAUGCUUACAGAGGCGGGAUUCUCAACUACUUGUACGGACUUGAUCUCUCGGAAAAUGAGCUCACCGGUGAGAUCCCAUCAGAGCUUGGAGAUCUUCUGAGACUACGAGCUCUCAACCUUUCUCACAACUACUUAUCAGGAGUGGUACCAGCGACUUUCUCAGGUAUAAGGAAUUUGGAAAGCCUUGAUCUUUCUUUCAACAGAUUACAUGGUCGGAUCCCACCACAGCUAACAGAGCUAAACAGUUUAGCGGUUUUCAACGUCUCAUACAACAACUUAUCGGGAGCCAUUCCACAGGGAAAACAGUUUAACACGUUUGAAACACUAAGCUACUUAGGCAAUCUUCUUCUCUGUGGACAACCAACCAACACAAUCUGCAACAAUGUUACCUCUCCAGAAUCAGAUAAUGAACUAGUGAAGGACGAUGAUGGUCAAAUCGACAUGGUAUCUUUCUACUGGAGUUCUGCUGCAACCUAUGUGACAAUACUUAUUGGAUUAUUCGCAUCACUCUCUUUUGAUUCCCUUUGGAGCAGAUUUUGGUUCUACAUCGUUGAAGUAUUCAUCAACAAGGGUUCAGGAGCGGUUGCGCCACUUGUCGCCUUCCUAACGUGAAAAACGAUGUAAUUUCCCUAUUAUCAAGACCUACUUCAUGUGAUCCAGUACCGGCUUUGGGUAGUGUCCAAGGUGCAAAAACACAGGGUCCUCACCUUUUCACCAAAAUUUUUUAUUGCUUUAAGGUCUUAAAUUCUGAAGUUUUUUAAAAUUAAGGGUCCAAUUUUUAAAAUCAACCAUUAACAUAGGAGAAAUAUUUUUUAUAUAGACAAGGUCGACUGACGUUUUGAGCCGGGCCUGUGUGAUCGUAUCUGUAUUAUGAAUAUAAAAACACAAGUUGCAGAGGAUCGAGACUACACCAUAUCAUGCAAAGCCAAUUCAUUAAUUCACCAUAUCAUGCAAAACCAAUUCAUUUUUCCAA